AUGGACACCGGUCCUGCCUCAACACAGGCGCAAGCAUGUGGCCCCUCCGAGCCCACUGCCGACAGCUCAUUCAGCUUCACCCCCAUUAAAGCCAUACGCGCAAUCCCCCAUCUGUGGGAACGGAAACCAUCUACUCCCUUCCAGGCGGGCGCCAAGUCACGAAAAUUGUGGAAGCGCUUUCAGUCAUCGUUCACAAGUAUGAAAUCGCUCGAAUCAUCAACAAUGCUGGAGCAGGGCGCGUUUCAAACUGCCAUCAACGCGUCGCGAGAUGCUGGCUAUACGCGAGGUGUGAAGCGCCGAUGUGUUGGGGCUGAUGAGCCUGAGAUGCGCGAGGACCAUCAAACACAGACAUCAGGUCGCUCGUUCCUUGAGACGAAAUGGGCUUCCGAUAUGAAGACGGGCCAGAAGCGUCGCAAAUUGCCGGACGGCCCGAUCGAUAUAUUCGAUGAAAGUUUGCAGAAGGAACAGAGUUCUUUCUGUAGUACACUGGAUUUCGACAUAUCUGGUAGAACCGUGGGUGAAGCCCUGGAUGGUGCCUCCGAUGCGAAAGAAGUGGAAAUUCCAGCGAUUAUUGAACCCAUGGCCUCAGAGGACGGCGCAACGGCCGAUGUUGUAGCCAAGGAUGAAAACGACAGCCUGGCACCAACUCCCCAGGAAGCCGUGCGCGAUUUGACACAACAACAAGAGGGCACGCUCGUUCGAUCAGCUCUGCGUAGCUCACUCGAUGGAGCGGACACAGCACUACUCAAUGAUUUCUUGUCAAAGGCCCAGGCGAAGCGUGCGGCAAAGGCUGCCUUAAUGGACCAAGAAGGAGAUGCAAAUGAAAAGACAUCCAGUACCGAAAGUACCGAAGAGUCACCAGAUACAGAAAUUACAACACCGCGGUCCCGUCGUGCCUUGGAAGUUUUGGAUACAAACUCGCCUUCACCGAUCAAGGUUGAUGCGUCAGUAAUCAAAGCCGCCGAGAUUGUAUUCGGAAAUGAAACCCAUGAGAAUGCAGUGGCCAAGGCUAUUUUGGAAGAAGAGCCAGCACCCGCAAGCCCGUCCUACCGGCGAAGCACGCGGGCCAAAGGUCCUUCGGUCAAAAUGCCCACCGUGCGCAACACUAUCGCUUUGCGCCGGGCCAAGGGCAAUGAAUUUAUUUUCUUGCAACGUACUGAGGCUCAAGAGCUGGCAUUGAUCACAAAGAAGUACACUCGGCAAAAUAUGGGCAAUGCCUUGCCUCCUCAAGAUGUUUUAAAGGCCCUGGCCAAGGAGCAGUAUGACGGCACACAUCCAGCAGAGAUUGAUCGUAAAGCUGAUCGCCGUCGUUCGCCCGGGCGAAAGACCGUGACCUGGAACGAUGAACAACUUGUGCAGUACGCGGACGAGAGACAGAGCCUUGAGUUGCCAGAGGAAAUCGCCAACAGCAGCAACGAUGACGUCGAAGAAAGCACCGUCUCACGAUCUGCAGCAACACGCGCCGAAAAGAAAGCAUCUGCCCAGCGCAGCAGCCGUAGCCAGACGCAAGAGUCCUCGAGCAACGAGGAUUUUGAGAGUGCUCCAGCCUCCACUACUGCACCCGCUACUGCACCUACUACCGCACCCCCGCGAUCGCGACGCGUCCGCCGCUUGGGUGAUUCGACCAUGGCCUCGGGCACACCAGUAAAAACAGGUAGUCGACGUACCACCAAGCCACCCGCUCCUUCGGCCCCUACCGUGGAAGCUGAAUCUGCAGGACCCUCGACUCCCACUAAACCUCGCCGAAGACUGACUCCCAAGUCACCAAGUUCUUCGGUGCUUACUACUGCCCCGGCUUCUAAGAUUACAGGGGCCACUGAGCCGUCUUUUGUCAGUGGUAUCCCCACUCGCAGUGCAGGCACUAGUGACGGAAGCUCCGAAUCCAGGCGGAGCAUCCAGUCCAGUGCGGGGUGCACACCUCGCCGUGUUCGAACGAGGUAA